GGGAGGAGGUAGGAGAGGCACCUUGACACAAAUCUCAGCCCUGCAAAGCUGCCCCUCCCUUGGUCCAGCGAGCUGAGAGCUCCUGUGCCCGCAAAAGAUGCCCUUCUGGGCAUGCCCAACCUGUGCCUGCCAAGGUAUUUAAGCUGCCCCACGAGGGCCCAGCCCCUGCCCAGCCCCACCGAGGUCAUUCCAAGAUGAAGGUUUUCCUCGUGCUCCUGCUGGGAGCCCUCCUGUGCGUGGACUCAGGUUCAUCUCUGCGGUGUUACACCUGCAAGAACCAGCUCAGCAACUCCAAGUGUCUGACCGAGGCGACAUGCACUGCUGACAAGAACAUAUGCAAGACAGAUGUGAUCCGGGUUGUAGGGCUCUUCAGCAUCAUCAACAAGGGCUGUGAGUCAUCCUGUGAAACCUCCUACCAGGACUUCAACGUGGGCAACAGGAACGUCUCCUGCUGCAGCAGUGACCUCUGCAACACCAACGCUGCGGGCUCCGUGAGGUCCAGCUAUGGCAUGGCAGGAGGGGUAGCAGCUGGUGUGCUCUGGAUCUUCCUCAACAACAAGUUGUGAGGAGCCAAGAGGCCUCCCAUGACCACAGAAAGUGUCAGAGCACUCGUCUAACAACAGGAAUUUUAACCAGGAGCGAUGAGGUGUGUUGGGCAUCCAGCACUCUUGGAGCUGAUGGCUCUCUUUGCCAAAUGACAGCUUCUUCUUCACCUUUAUUGCAAAGCUGUAGCACUACCAGAUCAGAAAAUACAUGUUCACACUGCCUGCAAAACACCUAAAAUAAACUUAUGUCCAAAUCAA